CCGACCGCAAACAAUGAUUUAGGCCCGUAAGGAUCAUGAGAGGUUGAUCUAUUAUUUCUUCAUUAAUGUUAUAAACAAGACGUUAUAAUGGUACAGCCGACAAUAUUAACCAUACUUUUAUUUUUGUCAACUAUUGUCGCGAUUGAUUACGAAAAUAUAUCGUUUAGUAGCUCGGCCAGUAUAGAACUCGGUGAUGACGAUGACGUUGAAACAGUUUGUUCUGCAAGAAAGUGCAUCAGAAAGUGCUGUCCGAAAAACGAAUACUUUUCCAUCGAUACAUACAGCUGUGAAAGUUUCGAUAUGAAUUUGGACUUCUCGAAUGUAUCGGUUUACGAAGACUACGAUCAUUUUAAAAAAAUCGGCAAGUCAUUGCGUGAUAUAUUCCUACUGGAGCCUGGGAUGUUUUAUGAAAAAGUUGAUGAUGAAGGUUUCGAAAAUCAAACUUUUGCUGACGUUGCGUAUGUUUUGAUGGAUUUCAACAUCUCCACAUAUAUGACUGAGAGCGGAAAACUUUAUUACACGCUACCAAAUUCAUAUACAAAAUGGUAUGAAGUAGACUUAUUUUGCAUAGACUACGAAGUCAGUAAUACCACUGCCACUGCCACUGUUAAAUACUGGUCUAUACUUCGCAACGUCUAUAUCCCAAUGAGCAACAAUUAUUUCACUUCCGCGCUUUUGAUAUCAUCAGUGUUUCUAUUCCUCGUCCUGUUGGUGUACAUCAUCAUACCGGAGCUGCGGAACCUCGCAGGAUUGGUACUAAUGGCCUACGUUUUUAGCCUAAUGUGUGCCUUCCUGUCAUUAGCAUCUCUACAGUUAGAAAGUUAUUCGGCUAAAAAUUGCCUCGAUUUAACUGCUGUAACGUAUUUCUUCUUCUUGUCGACUUUCUGCUGGAUGAAUGUGAUGUCAUUUGAUAUAUGGUGGACUUUUCGGGGAUAUGCCAAAGCUAGGCCAAUACACAGACGGGGAGAGAAGUUCAAAUUUGGGGUUUACUGUAUCUAUGCUUGGGGUAUCCCAAUGUUGAUGGCGAUUGGUUUAGUCGUAAUUAACAACACUGAUCUAAGUGAUAUGCCUUGGUUUGUUACACCCCAGAUACCACUACAAGGAUGCUUUUUGGAAGGUGGUCAAAAACUAUUAUACCUGUAUGUUCCGAUGCUGAUAUUGAUAAUAUGCAAUUGGAUGUUUUUCCUGAUGACUGCGUUCAAUAUUUGGAGAUUGAGCCGCGGUACCUCCGUGCUGGAGUCCGCAGCCGCUGGCAAUCCCGCUGCUCACCGGUCACAGAGGAAUAGACUUAUGGUGUAUCUUAAGCUGUCCGUAAUAAUGGGUAUUAACUGGUUACUCGAGAUUGUAAGUUUUAAAACACCAGAAAUGAACAUAUGGAAAUUGACCGACGCAUACAAUCUCCUGAUCGGUAUAUCGAUAUUUCUCAUUUUUGUAUGUAAAAGGAAAAUUUACAGAAAGCUUCAGAACAGGUAUUACGGAUUUGUUAGUGCUAAGCCGAGACUCAGCAAGAGCAAUACUAGCUGCAGCACGCUGGAGUCUAAUCUAAGUCAGGACAUUCCACUACAAGUCUCCAAUCAUCCUAUGGGCCCCAAUGGACGAACGGGAACCAAAAACUAAUAGAACUAAGUUACUAUUAGAAUUAAGCUAGAACAUUAGAUUGUAAUUAGUAAUAUUUUUAGCGAUUCCUAACCAAAGAUUGAUCAAACCAAAGAAGCACCACUGAAAAAUUAAUGCUGACAUUCAAAAUUCAUCACCCUCAUCAUCCUCAUGGAAACCUUCAGAUUUCGGAUGAAAUUUCGCUACAUACACCAUCGGUUUGCAUUGGAGCAGCUUGGAAAAUGCUCCAAAGAAGACCAUGACCCCCGCCCCCGCCGAGUUCCCCGAAAUAAAUAAUGUAUUCGAGUAAAUAAUUUGGAAUGUAAAUAGAAGGAGUAGUAUAAUAUAGUUAGAUUAAGUUUUAAAGCUAAUUAAUUAUAUACAGUAUGUAAUAUAGUAUUUUUUAAUUAAAACAACCGCAAUUUUUUUUCAAUCUAAUAUUGUACCUUUGUUUUCAAUGUUUUUUUUAUUUUAAUUUAUACUUAUAUCCUUUAAGGCACGACUGUAUCAAGCCAAAUAUUUUAUUCAAUAGCAAUUCUGUUCGCGUGGCCGUUAUUAAAGAUACAUUUGUUUAAUUAUGAGAUAUUUUUAAUUAUUUUCAAUUUUG